GUUCCCAUGUAUGAUUUUACAUCUCCUUAUUCUUCAAUUCAUUUCAACAACUAUUUAUUCUCGGUGAAAACACUACAUCAUUGAAACGCGCUCCUAAAUAAACCCUAUCUAGUGCAAACAAGACAUCAUAUCUAUCACAGGAAUUUCAUAUUUGCUCACGUCGCACAUUUUCAACGCCACACGAAUGCACCAUUGUUGCAAAUGUACCUACUAUACUUCAUUCAGUUUAGCUUACUUGGAGUUUUAUGAACGGGUACACGGAUCUUCACUUGCCGUAAGCAUUUGCCUCCCGAAAAUAUCUCACAUUCCAUAAACAGUGUUUUCUUACUGAUAACCCACUUCCCCGUGUGCGUCAGAUUUGUGCGAAGUAAAUUAAACUAACGAGCUAUUUCAUUCUCUUUGCAGCGGACCGGGUUCCACCUCACCCUCGCAGUCCCAGCAUAUGGAAGGAGGAGGGACUUCGUUUUAAUCAACUUCUGCUUGUGUCAUUUCAGAUACUACGAACAUGAUGGAUUUCACACUUGCAGUUGGCAGCAUCUGAUAAAACUUUAAAUAACUUAGAUAUUGUUACAUUCCAGCUAUUAAUUAUGACGUUUUCUUCUCUCAUUCCUAUUUGUAUUCUACCCAGGACCUUCCAAGUCUUCCCCCCGUCUUUCAGAUACUCCCAUAGAUCUUUGGCUUUGCUAGACUAGCGCGACAACCAACACCUUCCAGCAGAGCACUACGGAGUCCCUUUCCUUGGUGCGGUGGAACUGCAAGGGACUCGUGCACACCGAAAAAGCGUUCAUCCCAACCACUUCGGGGGAUCGGUCAGCAUAAUAUGACAGAAGGUGCCGCGGCCAAAGCGAUUGAAUGUCUAGAUAGUACGCUGGAUGUUGUUGACCAGACCGUGGAAGAACAGCAGCAGCACGAGCACGAGCAGGAUCAGCCAGAGGGCACGACGAUUUUAGAGUUAAAUUUGUUGAACAAGCACGAGGGCGGUGAGGACCAAAAGGUGGUCAAAAUGACGCAAAAUAAGGUAGCGAAAAAGGAUGACCUGCCAGAGCGUGGAACGUGGGGGUCGAAGCUGGACUUCAUUCUCUCCGUAGUGGGGUUGGCCAUUGGGUUGGGUAAUGUGUGGCGUUUCCCUUACCUCUGCUACAAAAAUGGUGGCGGAGCUUUCCUUAUACCGUACUUCCUAACGCUGUUCCUAGCUGGUAUUCCCAUGUUCUUCAUGGAGCUGGCGCUGGGGCAGAUGUUGACCAUCGGUGGUUUAGGAGUGUUCAAAAUAGCUCCCAUAUUCAAAGGUAUUGGAUACGCGGCAGCCGUAAUGUCCUGCUGGAUGAAUGUGUACUACAUCGUCAUUCUGGCGUGGGCCAUAUUCUACUUCUUCAUGUCCCUGAGGGCAGAUGUCCCGUGGCGUACUUGUGAUAAUCUGUGGAAUUCACCAAAUUGUGUGAAUCCCUACGACCGGAAGGAACUCCAUUGUUGGGAAUCGCUGGGAGUCAACAGUACGAUUACCAAGAUUUGUUCGCUGAACUCGAACAACGUAUCCGUGAACGACAUGACCGAUCCCGUUAAGGAGUUCUGGGAGCGACGUACUUUGAUGAUCUCCGGUGGUAUCGAUGAGGUUGGCACCAUCCGUUGGGAACUGGCCGGAACUCUCCUGCUGGUGUGGAUUCUGUGCUACUUCUGCAUCUGGAAGGGAGUCAAAUGGACCGGAAAGGUCGUGUACUUCACUGCCCUGUUCCCGUACUUCCUGUUGACCAUCCUGCUGAUCCGUGGUAUCACUCUGCCGGGAGCGUUCGAGGGUAUCAAAUUCUAUGUGAGCCCGAAUCUGUCCAAACUUGGGGAAUCAGAGGUGUGGAUUGACGCUGUGACGCAGAUUUUCUUCUCGUACGGUCUCGGUCUGGGAACGCUGGUUGCACUUGGCAGUUACAACAAGUUCAACAACAACGUUUACAAAGACGCCCUAAUUGUGUGCACAGUCAACUCCAGUACCAGUAUGUUUGCCGGUUUCGUAAUCUUCUCGGUCGUCGGUUUCAUGGCUCACGAGCAGGAACGUCCAGUAGCUGAAGUGGCUGCGUCUGGUCCAGGUCUAGCCUUCUUAGCAUAUCCUUCGGCAGUGCUACAGCUUCCGGGAGCACCCCUCUGGUCAUGUUUGUUCUUCUUCAUGCUGCUACUAAUUGGGCUGGACUCACAGUUCUGUACCAUGGAAGGCUUCAUCACUGCCGUCAUCGAUGAGUGGCCACAUCUCCUCCGCAAGCGCAAGGAGUUGUUCAUCGCUUUCGUGUGCUUCAUCAGUUACUUGGUUGGAUUAACGUGUAUAACGGAAGGCGGAAUGUACGUGUUCCAAAUCCUGGACUCCUACGCCGUCAGCGGUUUCUGUCUGCUGUUCCUGAUGUUCUUCGAGUGCAUCUCGAUAUCGUGGGCAUUCGGUGUGAAUCGCUUCUACGACGGUAUCAAGGACAUGAUCGGAUACUACCCGUUGGCGUGGUGGAAGUUCUGCUGGGUGGUAACGACCCCGGCGAUCUGUGUGGUAAGUAUGCGGGAGCCCGGUUAGGACAAGGGGUUCCCGGACAACAACAGGGUGGCACAGGUAAUUUGUUUCCAUAAACUGAUUAGAAAACGGUAGGCGAGACGAACGGGUGGUUGAGGAU